GUUUGAAAAAUCAACAAUGUCCGACUCGUAUGCAUUCGUUAAAGCGGGGAAAUUGAAGCUGAAAGGACAUAAAGACAAAAAACAUAAAAAACACAGAAAGAGAAAGCAUGAAGAUGAGGAUGAAGCUGCUGGGAGCUCAAAAUCCAAAGAUACAUCAGACUUAGCUGAGCAUGCAGGUUGGUGGUCGGCACAGAAACUAAACGACAUUACAGGAAUGGUUGUUAUAGAGAUGAGUGAGCUGCGCUACAUUUGUCCACAGGACAAUGGCAGUCUCCGUCAGGGCAUUCAACACCCAGCAGGUGACGUACCAGAGCCUGAAGAAGUACUAACAGCGAUCAAGAUAAACGAAACAAAAAUUGCUCUCAAAUCUGGCUAUGGCAAAUACCUGAGUAUUGAUACUGAUGGAUCAGUGAUAGGGAAAUCGGAUGCCAUUGGUUCAAGGGAACAGUGGGAACCAGUAUUCCAAGAUGGAAAGAUGGCUCUGAAUGGUUGUAAUGGCCGGUUUAUGUCGUGUACCAGUGAUGAUAGAAUUAUUUGUGCCAGUUCUAAGGCAGGACCUGAGGAGAUGAUACAAAUCCGUAUGAGUGCAAAAGAAGAAGUUGACCCACUAGCUCACAUACCUGUGGAGGAGAGAGGCAAACUUAAAGAUGCUGAAAUCAACUAUGUGAAAAAAUUUCAAAGUUUCCAGGACAGAAAAUUAAAAAUAAGUUCAGAAGAACUUUCCAAUCUGAAGAAAGCGAAGAAAUCUGGUACCUUACAUGAAUGUAUGCUAGACAGACGAGAAAAGUUGAAAGCAGACAGAUACUGUAAAUAACAGUGGCAUGAAAUGUAUGCCAAGUAUAGAGGAAGAAGGUCAUGGAAGGAUUGUCUCCCUUCCACUGCCGGACUGUACGACAGAGUUGACGAGACACUUAGACAGGCAGCAGUACAUAAUCUUUGCUGUAAGGCCAUGAUGUGGACAGAUAGCAACUCUACAGAACUUAGAGGCUGGAACUUGUGUUACCUCUGGAUAAGUUGCCUUUCUGUAGAAGUGCCAUUUUCUCUUAGCAGUCAAAACUGUAAAUUUCAUGUUAUGUCAUGUUGACCGUAAAAUAGUGUUAAACCUUGUGAAAGUGUGUAAGAAUGAAAUAAAAGUGAUUAC